GCGCGGGGCCGAGCGGGCGGGGUGGUCGUUCCCGCCGCUGGGGCCCGGCCCGCGCUCCCCUCCGGUGCAGCGCUGUGUGGGCGCGCGCGGCCCGAGCCCGGCCCCGGCUUGGACUGGGAGGCGGGGCCGCGUAGGGCAGGGCUCCGGCAGCCCCGCGAGCAGGUGGCAGACGGGUGCAUGCAGACCCCAGAGGCACCCACACCGACUCUGCGUUCUUGGAGAGCUGGGGCGUGGGCCUGGGACGCCCGCGGCAGACUCAGUCGAGCAGGAUGACUCCUGUGAGCGAUGGAGGCACGGCAGAGAGCAUCUUCGACCUGGACUACACGUCCUGGAAGAUCCGCUCCACGCUGGCGGUCGCCGGCUUCGUCUUCUACCUGGGCGUCUUCGUGGUCUGCCACCAGCUGUCGUCCUCCCUCAACGCCACGUACCGCUCUCUGGUGGCCAGGGAGAAGGUCUUCUGGGACCUGGCGGCCACGCGCGCCGUGUUUGGCAUUCAGAGCACGGCUGCGGGCCUGUGGGCCCUGCUGGUGGACUCCGUGCUGCAAGCCGACAAGGUGCGUGGCCAGCAGAACUGGUGCUGGUUCCACAUCGCCACGGCAACUGGAUUCUUCUUCUUCGAAAAUGUAGCGGUUCACCUGUCCAACGCGCUCUUCCGCACGUUUGACUUGUUCUUGGUGGCCCAUCAUCUCUUCGCCUUCCUUGGCUUUCUUGGCUCCUUGGUCAACCUGGAAGCGGGCCACUAUCUGGCGAUGACCACACUGCUCCUGGAGGCCAGCACCCCCUUCACCUGCAUUUCCUGGAUGCUCUUAAAGGCCGGCUGGUCCGACUCGCUGUUCUGGAAGCUGAACCAGUGGCUGAUGGUUCACAUGUUCCACUGCCGAAUGGUGCUGACCUAUCACAUGUGGUGGGUGUGCUUCCGGCACUGGGACGAGCUGCUCAGCAGCCUCCACCUGCUGCACCUGGCGCUCUUCCUCGUCGGACUGAGCCUCCUCACGCUCAUCCUCAAUCCCUACUGGACCCACAAGAAGACUCAGCAGCUGCUCCACCCGGAGGAUUGGAACUUUGCGCAGCCGGCGCCCAGAAGCAGCCGGCCCACCGGGGCCAACGGCCAGGUGCCGCCCAAGAAGGGGCAGUAGCCGCUGGGGGCCCGGACUGCAGCGCGCGGCCCCUGGCCCCGGGCCCCGCCGGCGUUCUCCACAUGGGCUCAGGUAGACACGGGCUCCGAGUCCAGCGCUGUCUCCAAGUCGGACCAGCUGUGUCGUUCAUGUUAAUUUCCACGUAGCCACAAAGUGUUUUUAAAGCUUCGGUUUGCCUCCGGG